ACGCGCCACCCUCCGCCACCGAGUGGCAGUCAGGAUCGGCCAGUCCUGAGCGCAGGAUGCCAGGACCAGGAUCAGUAAGGAUGAGUGUCCUGUGUCGGUGUGUGACGGCGUGUCUCCUCGCUAACCUCGCGGUCGCGAUCACCAACCAGGACUCGGAGAGUGCAGAGUUCACCGACGUACCACAGUUCCAACCUUACAAUCAACAAUUGACGAGACAGAGUUUAUCACCUCAGCAACAGAGCCAGAUCCUGAAUGAUGUUCAACAGCACAGGUUUCAACUGACAUCGGCGCAGAGGCAUCUGCAAAAUCUGCAGCAGAAUGUUGCUUCUUUCAAUCAACCACCUCAGGAGAGUCAUCCUCCAGCCAUCGAGCAGUCAUUAGGUCUCGGGCAGCAGCCAUUUCUGACGAACGCUCAGUACCUAGCGCAGAUCAGGCAACAGCAGCAACAACAACAGCAACACCAGCAACAGCAGCAGCAACAGCAACGGCAACAACAGUUCAACCAGCAAUCAGUACCCCAGCAGAGGCCGCCUUCUAGCACACUUUCUGCUGCCAGCAGUCCGCCUGUCGCCUUCCAACAGCAAGGUCAGCAGAGCAACCCUGUGUUCCAACAACCAGGGAGUCACACGCAGACCAACGUGAACCUAAGAAAUCAAUUUCAACAGGAAUACAACAGGUUGCUGUCUUCCCAGCAGUUUGCGAACCAGCUUUACAAUCAAAACUUAAAUGAAGAAAUUCCUGUCUUCUUCCCACCUCAAAACGCUCCACAACAUCAGCAGACAUACGAAUUCGAACCGGCGCCGCCAACGAAUCCUACUAAAAUUAACUUUAAAUUUGAACCAGCUCCGGCUAAACCAACCUAUAAAUUUGAACCAGACCCACCCAAACCGACUUACAAGUUCGAACCAGCUCCACCGAAACCUACCUAUAAAUUCGAACCUGUGCCUUCAAAGCCAACUUACAAAUUUGAAUCCGCUCCUCCAAAACCUACUUAUAAAUUUGAAACCUCUUCAUCUAAACCAAACUACAAGUUUGAACCAGCACCGACCAAACCUCCAUACAAGUUUGAGAAUGAUCCAACUUUCUUGCCUACACAACCGACUACUAGGAGAACUACGUAUAAUUAUCUGAAAAAGAAGAAAGCAGCUUUGACAACAACUACUACUCCAGCAACAACAACUUUUAAUAUACCGUAUAGGUUAAGAUACAAAUAUAAAACCACUACUGAGAGCCCAAAGCCGCAAGUAUCGAUAAGACCGACACAGUUGUUUAUCAAACCUGAUAGACAGAAGCUUUUCCAACAACUGAUUGAGGCUCAGCAAAAGCAAGCGUCAACGCCUCCGUCACCGCCAAAUGUGACACCUAGGCAUAAAGUCUUGGAGUUUGAAAGUGAAGAUGAGUUACAGAAACACAUACGACAGCAACUCCAAAAACAAGGACUCCUAGAUGAAAUCAAAGGAACAAUACCCGCCACAUCAGAUCAGAUUGAUGCUCUACCAAAUCUAGAUUUCUUAUCAAGCGCAAACUCCUCUUCUCCCAUCUACUUACCUAAUGGCCAAAAUAUUAAAAUUAUACAAGUUCCAAGUAAAAUAGACCCUUCGUCAAAGAAACCAACUCCACAAAUUAAAACUAUCGUGAUAAACCAGCCGACCUCUACAACAACGACUACAACAGUAAAACCUCCUGAAUUGUUGUUGAAAGAGUUGACAAGGGGUUUGCCAGGGGAUUUUGAGAUAAUCAGACAGACACAGGAUGGUGGACUGGAAGAGCUGGGUAAUGUCCCACAGGAACUGCCACAGAAGAAAGUUACUUUUGUGAUUUUGGAGGAACAGGCGGAUGGCACCCUAAAAGUGCAAGGGGUCAGAGGGAAUGAGAACAACCCAAAAGAAGGUAACGGAGACGUAGACUCCAUCAUAAAGAAAAUUGAAAAGGGAGAAAUAAAGUUACCAAAGUCAACCAAAGUGGACCCAGACCAACCGACGUAUUCUAACUCUCUAGCUAAUGCCACACCAGAGGAAUCCGUUGAAUCUCCGUCAUACGUAAAGCACUCGGGAAAACCAGUUACAAAAUUCAACACGUUCCAACCAACUCCAUCUCCGAAUUUCUUUGAAUCUUCAACGAAGCCGAAUUACAACUUCAAUUUCAGAUCAACGAAAACAACCACCAGCGCACCAUUCUUCCAAUCGGCCAGAACACCAGAUCCAACUCUACCGACCUUCAAUACAUCACCUAACACCCAUGCCGGGCCUGUCUUCUCUUACCCAUCCUCUCCUGGAAACUCAAUCAGUCCUGAAUAUCAUGCGACUACUCCAAGAGCCCCAUCAAAAUCCGCUUCAUUCCUCCCAACAGUGCCAUCAGACUUCGGAGAUGGAUCGUACUCAACAAAUACUGUAGUGCCAACCCAUGACACAACGACCUUCCCCCCUCCUCCUUCUGUGUCGACAACUUCUCAAUACAGUCAAGUGAACAUCUCCCCUCAGAACUCUUACGACGACCAGCUGUACAAGCAGAUCUACCAACAAAACUCGAACGCUCAACUAAACAACGUUUACCAAUCGAACAAACAGUUCAAUCAGGACCUUCCCGAGAUUCCCUUCAGUAAUGAUGAGCAGGAGUACCAACCUGAAUCUGUCAAUCAACAGGCUGACGUUGCCUACACCACGUCGGAGCCUCUGCCUAUCCAGCAGGUAGUGAACCACGAGGCCGCUCCAUCUCCCGCUGCUACCGGACAGCCGGCCUUGGUGGACGUGCUGCGGAGUCAAGGGUUGUACGCCAUGUCCAAGUUCCUCAGACAAUCCGGGUUGGACACCAUCUUGAAUGCUACCGGUCCGUACACCGUAUUCGUGCCGACGGACCGAGCCUUCCGCGCCCUUCUGGUGCAGUUGGGGGGACCCGACAAGGCUGAGGAGAAGUUCCAGGAAAACCCGCGCCUUCUGAGUGGUUUGCUUCUACACCAUGUGAUCCCUGGCGCCUUCCCACUCGGCACGCUCCAGGAUGAGAUGACCGGAGUCAGUCUGGCUGGCACUCAGCUCAGGGUCAACUCUUACACUACCCAGGAUGAGCAAUGGAACGACAUCAAGGUUCUGACGAUUAAUGGUGCCGUAGUCCUGCCUGACAAGAAGGACAUGGUCAUUCCCCAGGGAGUGGCUCAUGCUAUAGACAGAGUAAUGUUCCCCUUACCUGUUGGCGACAUUGUGCAAACACUCCAGUCGGAUAGAGAAAAUCGCUUCACCCACUUCCUUCACUUGGUGCAGGAUUCAGGCCUGACCUCCAUGCUAUCAGGAUCCAAAAUCCUAACGGUGUUUGCACCAGUGGAUAGUGCGUUUACGGAGGCAGAUGUGAAACGGCUGGACGAGAACAGGGCUCAAGCAAGAAGCCUCGUACUGAGGCAUAUAACAAUGGGGACUCUCUACAGCGCAGGGCUGCAGUACUACCAGCAGCGGGAGAGUCUCGACAAGACGCGGCAGCUGACUAUACUCAAGGAGGCGGGACGAAUAAAGGUGAAUUCUGCAAACGUUUUAUCUAGGAACAUCCCAGCUACAAACGGUGUCAUCCAUGCCAUAGACUCGCUCCUGUAACACGUCAUACCACCUAACCUACCCUUCUCCUGUACAUGUGUAAAUACCUAAUGUUAUUUCUGUUAGUUAAUAAAUAAUUUUUUAAUA